GCUUCCAUGAAGCGGCAGCCCAUGCGGUCAAGCAUUGCCUGUCUUCGGUGCCGAAAGUCCAAGAUCAAGUGUGAGAACGAUGGAGGCACGUCACCCUGCGAGACAUGUAUAAAGCAGGGAAAGGACUGCAAAUAUCCAGAGGCCACACCUGUGCUGCCGAAGCGGGCUGAAACCUCGACCACAAACAAACCUGAACGUGAAUCCGGGUCUGACAGGAAGCGGCUGAAGAAGAUCGAAGAUGUCUCCCGGGCCGAAGAUCAGUACGCCCCGCAUGCCUAUGCCGAAGACGUUCUUUCGGCUCACUAUUUGACGUCGAGGCUGUGGGCCGAGGCUUUCGACCUGUACAGGCUUCACUUUUCGACCGAGCUGCCGUUCCUCCACAUUCCGACCCUCAAGGAGGUCAUGAACCCCAAGUUCAUGAUGAAGACAAAGGAGGCCCAACAUGAGCUCAAUCUCGUGCUGCUGGGCAUCCUGGCGCUGACUGCACGUUUCCAUACCGACCUGUCCAAAUAUGCAGCCCAUACGGCGUAUGCCCUACCCUGGUUCCAGAAGCUGCGAGGCUCUCAUGGCAAGAAUGAAGCGUCAGUCGCGUCUGAGUUUUUUGCGGAGGCUCUACGGAAGGCCCUUGGUCCCCUCGGCAUAAGCAUGACCACUGCCUCGGUCGAGCGCGUCCAGGCCUUCCUAAUGCUGGGCUUAUACGAGUGGAGCCAGGUGCAGCCGGAUUCAGGUGGUCUCGGUGCGUGGAUGUAUGUUGGUUGUGCAAUCCGGAUGGCGCAGGCCCUGGGACUCGGAUUUGGAGACAGGCCUAGACCGAGACAGCCGGCGCCGAUCAAGCAGGUCAGCUCAGGUCUAUAUUCCUGGAGCCCUCUGAGCGUGUCAGAGCUCACGAUCGUGAAGGAGAUCCGGCGGAGGACAAUGUACAGCUGCCUGAUCCUCGAUCGCCUCUUGUCCUGCGGAAAAGAACGUGUCUCGACUGUCCGUACCGACGAUCUUCAGAUCCAGCUGCCAUGCAACGAGUGGGCAUUUGACCUAUCGCAAGAGGUCCGGACGGGGUUCUUGAAGGACACUGUCCUUGAUGAGUGCCAGCAGAAGGCUGAGAACGAGAGCGUCCUCAGCAAGUUUGUCCGCUUAGUGGACCUUUGGGGCGAGAUAUCGGACUUCUCCUUCUCCGGUGGCCGACUGACUGAGGCUUAUCCUCCUUGGGAUGAACGGACGACGUUUUACAAGCUGAGGGAGAGGCUGGACAAGUUCUAUGACGAUCUGCCUCAGAGUUUUCUGCUGUCGCCGUCCAACUUCCACAGACAUGAGAAUCAUCAGUCCGCCAGCGUUUAUGUCUCUUUGCACAUGCUGGGCGGCAUCUGCGGGGUUAUGCUGCAUCGCGAAUACGUCCCUUUCCUGCCGCUUCGGUGUAAUAGGCCUACGGGCCCACUAGAUGAACCAACGUUUCCAUCGGCCGAAUUUGAGAUCCCCAGAGGCUUCUGGGAAAAGAGCGCCGAAGCGCUCUUCCAGUCUGCCAAGAGGAUGAUUGAUAUGAUCGAAAUCAGUGGCGAGAAGCUUCCGAUGUCAGGUCUGGUCCUCUUCGGAAUUUGGAUCGCAGCCUUCGUUGCGCAGUAUGCAUGGCACUUUCCGCACAUGGACCUCGAGUGUACUAUGCAUCCUGCAACUAAUUUUGAUGAGGAUGGAAUCCCGAUAGAGACGGAUAUGACAAAGUUGGGGCCUACUGGUCUCUGCUUUCGAACCCUCCAACGGAUCUCACACUGGCUGAAGAUGGCGACUACCUACUUGACAUACUACAAGGAAAUAGACAGGUUCGUUUCCAGUGUCAAUCAUGAGUGGCGGGAGUACCGGAGAUCCAAAGGCGGCGGCCCCAUUCCUGUCAACGAAGGGCCAAUCCACGGCGGGGGCCUCGACAUAUGGAGACGACAGAAUGAUAGGAUCAUCAACAAUGGCAUGAUCGUUGUCGACGAAGACCUCAGAUACUUUCAGGCUAUGGACGGAUCCCGACGGACCAGCAUGAACAGCCUGCCCGGCAGCGGCACCAAGUCCUUGUUCAGGACAAUCAACCGCGCCCAAGACGGCCCUGAGCAGGUGCAGACAAAAUUUGAUGCUAUUCCUGGUAGUAGCUCUCAAGUUCCGUCUGCCCAUGCCUCGCCCGCCCACGCCUCGCCCGCGCAGAGCCAAAGCACCAUAAUUGACAGCGUUGAUACCCCAGUGCAGACAUCGCCACGCGGUCAGAAGCUGGAUAUUGUGCGGAAUUUAGGCGAGAUCGAAUCAUCGCGCAUAGCAGACUGCCUCGGCGAUAUGGGUGGUGACAUCCAGGGCUUCUCUUUUGGAGAACUCCCCGACGCCGAAAUGCUCCAGGAAAAGCCACCACUGCUGUUGAGUCUGGGAAGCCUCGUCUAG